CUUGGAUACAAUGUUGAGAUUUCUCCUCUAUUCAGAAUCAAAUAAAUUAUUUGGAAAAUAUGAUUGCAUAAUAGUGGUCAUAAAAAGCAUACUGAUCUACUAAAUUUAUUUUUAUCUGCCAAUAACCUCCGUGUAAUUGCAUAACCAAUUACCCCCAAAACUGUCCCAGCCCGCCACCAAUAAGCCUCCCAACGCCUGACGUGUGCGGCCGCCUCAUCUCAGACUCUCGAUUUUGCUCAUCCACGAUCCAUCUGCCGCCCUCACCCGAAUCACCAACGCAGUUUUCCAGUCGACUUCAAGCUGUCUCUUCCAUCGCAAGUCCUCUUCUAGCCCCUCGCAAAUUCCUACUGCCCGCCCGGUCCGCGUCAACAGUUGCCGGUGAACCACAGGCUCUGCCAUCCAUCCCCCCCAACGCUCGACUCUCCGGUUACGCCGAUACCUUCCAAACCCAACCCCAAAUCUCACAACAAAGAUGGCAUCUCGCGGUCCCCAAGCAGGCCGUGGUGGUCUCAACUCCCGCUUUGCUCAGUUCAAGCUGGUUCUCCUCGGUGAAUCCGCCGUCGGGAAGAGCUCCAUAGUUCUACGAUUCGUCAAGGACCAAUUCGACUCUUUCAGAGAAUCUACUAUCGGCGCUGCCUUUUUGACUCAGACAAUCUCUCUCGAUGACAGCACCACAGUCAAGUUUGAAAUCUGGGAUACCGCUGGCCAAGAACGCUACAAGUCCCUCGCUCCCAUGUAUUACCGCAACGCCAACUGCGCCGUCGUUGUUUAUGACAUCACCCAAUCCGCAUCGUUGGACAAGGCGAAAGCAUGGGUCAAGGAACUACAACGUCAGGCGAACGAAAACAUCAUCAUCGCCCUUGCCGGCAACAAGCUCGAUUUAGUCACUGAGCAGCCUGAUAAGAGAGCCAUCCAGACUGCGGAGGCGGAAGCAUAUGCAAAGGAGGCCGGUCUCCUUUUCUUUGAGACUUCUGCCAAGACUGCCGAAAACGUUCGCGAGCUAUUCACAGCCAUCGCCAAGAAGCUGCCUCUCGACCAAGGUGGCCCUCGUCACGCCAGACCGGGCCAGCGCCCUGGUGUAAGCCUUGCACCCGAGAGCUCUACGACAAACAUCAACGGCCCUUGCGCCUGCUAAAGGAAGAAUUGUUUCUUUAUAAUUACUUGUGGCGAUCUUUGAUCGCGGAUUGCUUAGCUGCCUCUCGGCCGAAACGAUUCCGAUGCGAGACAGGAACCGAGAACCACACCUUACGGAUAACGAUCGAGCGCGAGUUUCAACGCAGCAGUGUAUUUCCUGGAGUCCUGGACAUGGAUGGAUUAUUGUAGUCUUCUUCAUACGUUUGUGCCUAUUUUUGGUUUAUUUUAAUACUCGAUGCCACACCAGCCCGUCCUUGGGAGAAGCUCUCGCGCACAGUCGCCAACCUCAACCUGCGGCACGACCACUGGAUAUGCUUGGUAUGGCAUGCAAUGCAUAUUUCUUCAUUAGAUUUCGAUAAUGUACUUCCGCUUCUGUAGCAGUAAAUUAUAGUAUAGAGAAAGCAGCUACAUCUCGGAGUGCUUAUGCUCAACUAAUCUACCACAUUGAUGCAAAAUGGACGUGACGGCAAGGUCUUUUCAAAUAAUAAAGUGAUUUCCAAACCAUUUCAUGAUUAUAGAACUCUCUAUUUCCAUAUAUUGGUAUUUAUUUUAGUUUUAUCAUCAAUUUUUCUGCUGUCAAAUCUCUUACCCUUUGCAUGUGGUUGCGUCACUCUUCCCGAG